CGUGCCUGUGGUGUUGAACUCGGGGGAUUUCAAUACCCUAAACCCUAGCCGUAAAUUCCCAGAUCCAUCGUCUCUCACUUCUCAGGGUAUGGGUGACACAAGAGACAACGAAGCCUACGAGGAGGAACUUUUGGACUAUGAGGAAGAAGACGAGAAGGUCCCUGAUUCUGCUGGAAACAAAACCAAUGGCGAGAAUGGCAAAAAAGGUUACGUGGGUAUACACAGUUCAGGAUUCAGAGACUUCCUUUUGAAACCCGAGCUUCUCCGAGCUAUUGUUGACUCAGGGUUUGAACAUCCUUCUGAAGUGCAACAUGAAUGCAUCCCUCAAGCUAUCCUGGGCAUGGAUGUUAUUUGCCAAGCAAAAUCCGGUAUGGGGAAGACUGCUGUAUUUGUGCUCUCUACUCUGCAGCAGAUUGAACCAUCCCCCGGUCAGGUUGCUGCACUUGUUCUGUGUCAUACUAGGGAGCUGGCUUACCAGAUCUGCCAUGAGUUUGAGCGGUUCAGUACGUAUCUGCCUGAUAGCAAGGUGGCGGUGUUUUAUGGUGGAGUCAAUAUUAAGAUUCAUAAAGACUUGCUGAAGAAUGAAUGUCCUCACAUUGUCGUGGGCACACCCGGUCGAGUGCUUGCUCUUGCCCGGGAUAAGGAUCUUUCAUUAAAGAAUGUGAGGCAUUUUAUCCUUGACGAAUGCGAUAAGAUGCUUGAGUCACUUGACAUGCGGAGGGAUGUGCAGGAGAUUUUCAAGAUGACUCCUCAUGAUAAACAAGUAAUGAUGUUCUCUGCAACCCUCAGCAAAGAGAUACGACCUGUCUGCAAGAAAUUUAUGCAAGAUCCAAUGGAAAUAUAUGUUGAUGAUGAAGCCAAGUUGACUCUUCAUGGGCUUGUGCAGCACUACAUCAAGCUGAGCGAGAUGGAGAAAAACCGCAAGUUAAACGAUCUUCUUGAUGCCUUGGACUUCAAUCAAGUUGUCAUCUUUGUGAAAAGUGUCAGUAGAGCUGCCGAGCUGAACAAGUUACUGGUUGAAUGCAAUUUCCCCUCUAUAUGCAUUCACUCUGGCAUGUCCCAAGAAGAGAGGUUGACUCGUUACAAGGGCUUCAAAGAAGGGCACAAGAGAAUUCUUGUAGCUACAGACUUGGUUGGGAGAGGAAUCGACAUCGAGCGUGUCAACAUCGUCAUCAACUAUGAUAUGCCAGAUUCUGCUGAUACUUAUCUCCAUAGGGUUGGCAGAGCUGGUAGGUUUGGCACCAAGGGUCUUGCCAUCACAUUCGUUUCGUCUGCUGCAGAUUCUGAUGUCCUUAACCAGGUGCAAGAGCGGUCGAUACUUCUACCUACAGGGUGA